AAUCAGUAUGUCUCCCACUUCCCAGAAUACCCAGGAAUCUUAUCACCUGCACUUUGGUACCAAUUAUUAUUAGGGAAAGUGAGAAGUAUAAAUCAGCAAGAACACAGCACAGCAUACUGCAGGAACUCUCCCUCUGUCACUGGUGGAGAAAGGUAACAUGGUCACGUCUAUAUUCAUUUACUGAAUGUAAUAUGUAACUUUAUAUUCAUUUAUGUAACAUACCUUGUAAUAUCAGAGGUAAUAUCCCUACUAUAUUGCACCUUACUUAUCAUGGAUUACAUAGUGAUAAAAGUGUGUUUAUUAAUUAUGAAUUGCAUGUGAAGAGAUCUAGCAGGUUUGUUAACAGUGAGUGGGUGAGUGUUUGUGUACAAAUGUAGGAUAUUCAUUUGAGCGAGUUUGCUACAGCAGGAAAAUAAUCCUGCAGCAACAGGAAAUGUGAAUUAUUAUGUGAAUUAUAAUUAAAUUAACUUUUUCGUAGGGGGUACAUACAUUUUUCAUUACGGCAAAUGAAGUCUGACAUUUCAAAGUGGAAAUUACAAACUUUAGAAGCUUUUUUAAACCUCAAAUACACUACAAGUUUGCAUUUCCUGCUGUGCAGGAAAAUUCACAGCAACAAAAGAGUGAUCAAAAAAAGAUCCUACAUCUGUAUGCAGUAACAGACUUGGUUCAAAUACAUUAUAGAAUACACUGUGGGGUGGGUGGGGUUUGCACUUUUGGGACCAUUUCAUCGAUUCAAUUGUACCAGUCAAGUUAUGUAAAGUGCACCUCAAGUAUUUGAAAUUGUUUAUACAUUUGACCUAGGUCUGGACAUACAUAAAUCUGGCUUUGUUUGCUAUCUCGCUAUUAAAGAACCAUAGGUUCAUUGCUAAAUAUUAGGGAUUGUGUAAUACGAACAGUAUCCAAUACUUAAUAUUUACAAACUUGUUUCAUCUGAAUUAACAACAUAAAAACAUAACUGCUCUAUGAAAUGUUAUAAUUGUAUAAUUAUAACAUGUUGUUAUAUAGCUAUAUUUAAGUAUUUGUUUAUUUAUUUUUUUGUUUGUGUGUCUACUAAUGUAUUUAUGUUUUAUUUGGUAUUUAUUUUUACAGGUACAUUGUUUUUAAGGCUAACAGACUUGAUUUCACAACACAAUGGCCAGACUCACUGUGCUUGCAGGUAAAUGGCUUCCUCAGUCAUUCUAAUCAUUAUCAUCAUCCUCAUCUUAUUCUUAUCAUUAUUCUUCAACAUGAACCUCUGGGUCUUGGUCAUUCAGUGUAUGUGAACACUGUCAUCUCUCCUCAGGUCUGGGCCUUCUGCUGAUGGUGCAGAUUGGUAAGCAUUUCCCUCAUCAACUUUUUUACAUUUCUCAAUUGACAUGUUUAGACCAUAGAGAUAGAUUAUGUAUUCUAUCUAAAUCUGUGGUUCACACCCAAGAGGCUUGGCAAUCGCAUCAAAAACCACACAUCCCCCAUAAGCAUUUGGAAUAUUAAAGAGGGCAUCCCAAUAAACACAAUUGUCCAGCCUGCUAUUUUAAGGUACCCCAAAGGGUCAAUGUGAACUGCUGUCUCUGAAUAGUUUUCCACCUCUACCUUCAGCCACCUCCACCAAACUGGUGUGCCACAUGACCAACUGGGCCCAGUACCGCCCCAGCAGUGGGAAGUUCACCCCUGAGAACAUCGACCCCUUCCUCUGCACCCAUGUGAUCUACAGCCUGGCCACCAUCAACAGCUUCAACCAGGUCGCCCCCAUUGAGUGGAACGACGAAACACUGUACAAUAGCCUCAACAACCUGAAGAAUGUGUGAGUGACUCUGGGUUGACUUCAGUGAGAGUUGGGCCUUAGUUGAUGACUUCAUGAUGAACACUAGGUUUGACUCCUCAUCUCAUCUCUCUGAUCUGCAGGAACCCAAUGAUGAAGACUCUGCUGUCUGUCGGAGGCACAGUCAAAGGACUCAGCCCGUAAGUCUAGUGAUGAUUGUUAUUGGUUCAUCACAAUAUUAUUUUGCGCAAUUCCACAUUGGGCAGAUUUGUCUUUUUGUACCCAGCACCUGAGAUAUCAAUUAUAAUGUUGCAAGUUUUUAUCAUAGUGUUUCCCAGUCUUUGUCCUAAUCUGGAGGACUGCUGUGUCUGUUGGGUUUCAGUCCUUUCGAAUAGGCUCACAACCAGAGUAACGGUUACAUUAUGUCUCCUUCCACCCCUCCAGAUUCAUCGGCAUGGUGUCCAAACCUGAGAGCCGGCAGGCCUUCAUCAAGUCAGCCAUCAACUACCUGCGUUCCCACGGCUUUGACGGUCUCAACCUGGCCUGGGAGUACCCCACUCAGAACGGCAGCCCCGAUGGAGACAGGAAGAGGUUCACCGAGCUCGUCAGGGUAAGCUUGCACAUAACCUUUUUUUUUUACUGACAGUUAUAACAUGAGUGAGGAUUUGCACCAAUAUCUUUCAAUGUGUUCCUGUCAUUUUCUGGGACUAUUUAUGGUUGUAGAGCCAUAACUUCUGAAGGGUUAGCUCAGGCUGAAGGGCCAUAUAGUUUCUACUACUUUCUGUCAGAGCGUUAUGUCUCUAUAUGGCUUUACAGGAGCUGCAGAAGGCCUUUGAGGACGACGCCAAAGACACCAGGCUGACCCAGCUGCUGCUGUCUGCCAGCGUGGCAGCUCUACAGCCCACCAUCAACUCCAGCUACGAGGUGGCCCAGAUCGCCAGGUAGGCAGAAUGUGACUGAGGCUGAAAGAGAUUCGUCAAACACACUUCCAAUUGAUUUUAAACCAGAGUUGGGGUAAAUUCCAUUUGAUCUAAAAAGACAAAUUAGUCAGUAAAGGAAAACCUCAUAAUAGAGAAUAACACCAUACAUCCAAUUCAUGAAUCUUACAAACUCAACAAACACACUAUACUUCAUAUACUUGUCUCUAAAUGUCUCUGCAGCUCUCUGGACUUCAUCAACGUGAUGACCUAUGACUUCCAUGGACACUGGGAGAGAGCAACCGGACACAACAGCCCUCUGUACCGCAGCAGCCACGACUCAGUGACACACUACCACUUCAACGUCGUAAGACUAACACACACUUGGUUUUAUUAGGAUUGAUUCUAUUCCAUGCUGAGUAUUAAACCAGGAAGUACUUGUAAACCAUUGUGUUAUUGACCAUGAUGAUAUAAAGGAAACUUGUAAACAAACUAUUUAAAUAUAGGAAAUAUUGGUGUUGAUGUCCUCCAACUUAGCUUCCUUGUCCUAACCACCUGUCCCUGUGUGUUAGGACUCUGCCAUGACCUACUGGCUGGACAACGGUGCCCCUGCUGAGAAGCUGCUGAUGGGUUUCUCCACCUACGGCCGUACCUACCAUCUCACCACCUCCAACACUGGCCUGGGAGCCCCCGCCAACGGCCCCGCUGAUGCCGGCCCCUUCACCCGCGAAGCAGGAUACUGGUCCCACUACGAGGUACAUUUGAUCCAUGAGGCCUUUUUUCUCAAACUCAAAGCAUACAGGCCACGGAUCGCAAAACACUCUACUUCAUAUUGUGUUGUUUGUUUGUCAUUAGCUAACAGAAUGUUUCUCUCUCCUCCCAGGUCUGCUCCUUCACCUCCAGCGCCACUGUUGAGUGGAUUGAUGAGCAGAAGGUCCCAUAUGCCGUCCAGGGCAGCUCCUGGGUGGGCUACGACAGCAAGGAGAGCUACGCUGCCAAGGUACACGCCAGGAACAUCUCAGUCAAUCUAUCCAUCAAUCAAUCAAUUUCUCUGUAUACCCAUGUCCAUGUUUACACAUCUGUCUGUGUCUUCUUUGCUCCAUCAGGUCCAUUGGCUGACGAACAAGAACCUGGGAGGAGCCUCUGUGUGGACUCUGGACAUGGAUGACUUCACUGGUGCUUUCUGUGCUGAUGGUCCCUUCCCUCUUGUCAAUCAUCUCCGCAACUCUCUGGGUAAAUUCAGUUCCAUUAAGUUAAAUUCAAGUUUUUUUUAUAAACCACUAAGUCAAGUACAGUAAAGGUAGGUCUUCAUGUCAUCUCAUCUAACACUCCCCUCACUUCCUCCACCCCUCCUUCCCUUUCUCCCUCCCAGGCUUCCCCCCCAAGCCCACCACCACUCGGGCCCCCACCACCACCCCUGACCCCAUCCUCAGCUUCUGCUCUGGACGCCCAGAUGGCCUGUACGUCAACGUCUCCGACAACACCACCUAUUUCCAGUGUUUCCGUGGCAACACCUACCUGCACAGAUGCCAGCCUGACCUGGUCUUUAUUGAUGCCUGCAAGUGCUGUGACUGGCCCUGAAUGACUGCUAGCUAUGUCGGAACAAUUAAUUAGAAUGCUAUAACAACCUUUGAUAACAACAAGCUGUAACGGCAAUAACCUACCCUAGGAACUGGUCCUGAACUGCAACUGGCAAAAUUUGACAUAAUAUACUUAUUUUCAUUUUGUCCUUUUAUAUUUGCCUGACUACUGUCUUCCUCAAUUAAAAAGAAUACCAUACUCACAAUAUUCCAAGACCAUAUUAUGAAUGAUAAUAAUAAGCCAUUUAGCAGACGCUUUUAUCCAAAGCAACUUACAGUCAUGCGUUCAUACAUUUUUUGUGUAUGUGUGGUCCCGGGGAUCGAACCCACUACCUUGGCGUUACAAGCGCCGUGCUCUACCAGCUGAGCUACAGAGGACCACAUGUUUAAUUAUAAUUUUUUUUUUUUUUCAUAUACAGGCUCACUUAUGUAAAAUGUAUUUUUCCAUGAAAUUGAAGAGUGCUGUAAUGUUUCAACAUGUUACCCGUGAUUCAUUGUGGAAAAACAUCCUGCAUGUCACAGCACUAAAGCACAUACAGUGUAAUGUCCGCUUGUCACUUUCAUUAGCUAUGAUUAAACUGUAUAUAUCAAGCAUUUAGUCAACGGUCCCUCUCCUCCCUGCAAAUACAACCACAGACAUAUAAGAAUGUGUCACAAUCACUACAACUGUAGUUCAGCCCUUUUCACUUGGUCUCAGAGAACUUCACAUUGUUAGGGCGUUAAGUAAUCUCACACAAGAUGAUGCAUAACAGCCCUAAUAUUAUUUUACUACCAGUUUACCAAGUCAUUUCUAAGUUAAUAUCGUGGACUAAAAUAUAAAACAACAUUUUAUAUUUUCAUUCCAACAAACCUGGAUGUUUACCAGAAAACAUGCGAAAUGAGAAACUGUUCUCCCAUGGUCAUAGUAGCAGAGCAGUCAGAGUGUAUGCUAUGGGUUACAUUGGCAACACUUAUCCUCAGAUAAUGGCCAUUAUGAGAGUAAUAAACUCCUUUGUCCAAAGUGCUCCAUUACUAUUACUACCCUGAUGUCUCCACAUACACUUAGUGUACAAAACAUUAAGAACACCUUCCUAAUGUUGAGUUGCAGCCCCUUUUCCCCUCAGAACAGCGGUAAUUCGUCGGGGCAUGGACUCUACAAGGUGUUGAAAGUAUUCCACAGGGAUGCUGGCCCAUGUUGACUCCAGUGCUUCCCACAGUUGUGUCAAGUUGGCUGGAUGUCUUUUUGGUGGUGGAACAUUCUUGAUACACACGGGAAACUGUUGAGCGUGAAAAAUCCAGCAGCGUUCCAGUUCUUGACACACUCAAUAUGUGCGCCUGGCACCUACUACCAUACCCCGUUCAAAGGCACUUAAACAUUUUGUCUGAAUGGCACACAUACACAAUCCAUGUCUCAAUUGUAUCAAGGCUUAAAAAUCCUUCUUUAACCUGUCUCCUCCCCUUCAUCUACACUGAUUGAAGUGGAUUUAACAGGUGACACCAGUAAGGGAUCAUAGCUUUCACCUGGAUUCACCUGGUCAGUCUAUGUCAUGGAAAGAGCAGGUGUUCCUAAUGUUUUGUACAUCAGUGUAGAUAACACGCUUUCCGUUUACAGGAUUCAGAUGGCCUCCGAAAGAGGUCAUGGUAGCUAAUUAAUUUAUGUUACAGUUUAGAAGGCUGAGACAUUUAGGGUGAAAAAAUAUAUUUUGUCACUUCUUGAAAUAAUUCAACAGAAUAAUUAUUAUUAUUACAUGUUACCAUAUGUACAAAUGGCACUUGUUUCAAUCAAAUCAUUCCUAAAGAAACUAAAGGGUAUUAAUUAGCAGGUAAAGAUAAUAUAAUAAUCAACUUACCAUAACAUUUCAAUGUAAAUCCCAGUAAUGAGGGUACCAUAAAAUACAGCUGUUUAUGUGAACACUUCUUCAUGGUGGUAUUGAUUUCUCUCAUUAUAAUCAACAAAGUCUAGUGGGUGAAAUAUGCUGUUAACAGCCACAAUGCAGCCCUGUACAUAGCAUAAUGCAUCCCACGGGGACUGAAGCUGAGUGUUCAUUCACUGUUUUAAUAAAGUGCCCAAAAUGUAAGGAAAUUACAAAUAGACACCACAGUAACUGUUUUGUUAUGUAGAUAUUGCACACACACACACACACAAAAAAAAAAACAUGAUUAAAAGGAACUGUCAUUGCUGUCACUUAACUAUACAAGUCAAUGUUAUAAAAAAAAAAAAAAAAAUGCAGCACUGCAACCUGUGCCAUAUUCCACGAGGACAGUUUACAUAAGGUUUAUUAUUUAUUGAUAGACAGUUAUUAAAGGUUGUUGCACCUCUUAUUAUAUAUUACUGUAAUCAGUAGUCUCAGCAGUAGUAAGUGAUUUGUAAAUGUUGUCAUUUAUGUGAAAGAUUACAUAAGAUAUAUAUUUUAUUUAAUCUUUGUUUUGUUUUUAUUAUAUGUGUGAGUGCACAUGCGCAGCAAAGCGCCAACAAAACUACAAUUUUGCUGACAUUAAAUAUCCAAGUAAACUUUGCUCCAAGGCACCUGCCAAAAACACAUGGCAGUGACUUAACCAAUUUUCCCCAACAAACCACUGCCAGAAAUUCAUAUCGUUAUCAUAAGAGAUCAAAGUUUAAAAAUUAAGUUUUUUUUUUAAAUAUGUAAUUCAGUACAGAUAUGAACCUGCUGGAUCAAAGAUAAUCAGAUAUGCCAUAAUACAUUUGAGAAGGGUCAACUAUUUAAAUGUUUAGCUGUUUUUGACAGCUCGGGACACAGGUAGCAUAAUCUAAACAAAUGAUGAUUAUUAUUAUCAACCUUGGCAACAUGCACAUAAUAUGACUAAUUAAUGUGUUCGCAUAAUUCCAGCAAAUGGAUAGUUGUGCCAAUUAUGAUCAAAAUUGUUCUAAAUGCUAAAUAUACACAGUGUACAAAACAUUAGGAUCACCUGCUCUUUCCAUGACAUAGACUGACCAGAGGAAUCCAGGUGAAAGCUAUGAUCCCUUAUUGAUAUUACCUGUUAAAUCUACUUUAAUCAGUGUAGAUGAAGGGGAGGAGACAGGUUAAAGAAGGAUGUUUAACCACUUAAGCUUUGAGACGAUUGAGACAUGGAUUGUGUAUGUGUGCCAUUCAGAGGGUGAAUGGACAAUACAAAAGAUUUAAGUGCCUUUGAACAGGGAAGGGUAGUAGGUGCCAGGCGCACCGGUUUGAGUGUGUCAAGAACUGCAACGCUGCUGGGUUUUUCACACUCAACAGUUUCCUGUGUGUAUCAAGAAUGGUCCAACACCCAAAGGACAUCCAGCCAACUUGACAACUGUGGGAAGCAUUGUGGUCAACAUGGGCCAGCAUCCCUGUGGAGUGCUUUCGACAUGUCCAUGUGCCGACGAAUUGAGGCUGUUCUGAGGGCAAAAGGGGGUGCAAGUCAAUAUUACGAAGGUGUUCCUAAUGUUUUGUACAAUCAGUGUACAAUCACAGCUACAGUUUUUUUAUACUGUACAUAACAUUGUUUUGCAAACACAGAAUGGACAUUCUCAAAGUAUAGAUGCUUCAUAUGAAUUACUUUGACCUCAAAAUCUCUACUAAAAUGGGAAAUGAAUAGAAAUACAACAUUACCAAUCUAAUGUGCACUAUUGUUUAUCUGUUUAUGCUCAGGUUAUGUGUCUUCUUAUGUGGUUAGUGUCUUAUCUGUCUUGUUUUGCGUUUCUGAGCUGAGUACUGUACAUUACCUGGCCUGUCAUAAAUUAAUCACCACCCCAGUCCAUACUCUUCUGUACUUAUCUGAUUGUAUUGCACACCUUUUAUCAACCCCCCUCCCAUUUGGUUCCAUGGGGGCCCACCCACCCUUGGAUAAACUAUAUAAAAAGCCAGACCAAACUUCUCAUCACUGACUCAUUCAUCGUUGAAGUUCUCACGGUAAGCUUAGAAGGAAACUCACUAGUCACAGCUGACAGUUUCCCUGGUCAUAUUAGGACCAACUUGAUUCAUUGUGUAAUUGGAUAAAUGUGCCUUCGAUGAUAGUAGCAAUUUUGUUUCAGUUGCUAGCCAAUGUUGCUUUCAAUGUCUUGGUCUGUAUAUCUUUAGUCUCUGGCUAUUCAUAUUAUUUGUAUUGCAUUCUGACAACAACUGAUGCAGUAUCGCUAUUGGAAAGGAUUUUGUGGGAAUCUAAGGACAUUGCUAAUUUAGUUUACUAAAUAAUCGAACUAAAUCAAUGUACUAAUGAGAGUCAGUGAAUGCACAAAUUAUUAUUGAAUUAUUAUUUCAAAACUGUGGCACUUGUUUAGGACAGUACCCUGUGCAGUGCAGUGGGUCAGGUUAAUUUAAUGGGGAGAUGUGAGUGGUGGUAGUUUAUUGUUGUUCUGUCUGUAGUGAGCAGGUAAUAUUCAAAACCUUGCAUCUGUUCCAUGCUGGCAUAACCAACUGUAAAUAUCAUGAUGACAGGUCCAAGUAUCAUUGGUGAAAAUAUCUCUCUGUCUGUCUCUCACUCUAUCUCUUACACUCUCUCCUUCUCUCUUUGUCUCGUAUCGAACAGAAGUCAAGAUGUCUAAACUGACAAUCUUAGCAGGUGACUAUGACUCCAUAGUUUACACCAGGCACUAUCACUGCCUUUAAUGUUCUAGUAAAAUUAUAUGCUUUGACAUAAACGUUUUUGGGGCUAUUUACAUAGACAUUUGCUUUGCCUUUUAAAACACUCUCUCUCUCUAGGCUUGUGCCUGGUGCUGUGCCAGUUGGGUGCUUCCACCUCAGAUUCCACCGUAGCUGCUGCCUCUCCCAAGAUGGUGUGCUACUUCACCAACUGGUCUCAGUACAGACAAGACAAAGGGAAGUACAGGCCCGAGAAUGUGGACGCCCACCUGUGCACUCACCUGAUCUAUGCUUUCUCCAUCCUCAACCACCGCAACGAGCUGGUCACCUACGAGUGGAACGAUGACGUCCUCUACAAGUCCUUCAACGCCUUGAAGGCCAAGUAAGUGGCUCGCUUUACAACUUAUUAGUGUUGGUGUUGCAUAAUUUGGAAUUUAGUUUAACUGGUGUUUAAUCACUCCUCUGAACUGGAGCUUGUUUUUAGCAGCCACUUGCAGAAUUAUCAAUGUACUCAUAUACAAAAUUGAUGAAUAAUCUCAACCCCUCCUCUCUUUGCCGUCUCUCUGCAGGAAUCCUCAUCUUAAGACUCUGCUGGCCGUUGGAGGAUGGAACUUUGGUUCUUCCCAGUGAGUACCUCCCUUAGUCACGCUACAGGGCUAUGAAACGCACCAUACAUUUGGCUUACUUAGAUUAUCUGCAACUGUAUCUACUGUAUCAUAGUAUUUGUGAGAUGUGUGUGUUAACUAUACAUUUACAUUUUAGUCAUUUAGCAGACGCUCUUAUCCAGAGCGACUUACAGUUAGUGAGUACAUACAUUUUCAUACUGGCCCCCCGUGGGAAACGAACCCACAACUCUGGCGUUGCAAGUGCCAUGCUCUACCAACUGAGCUACAGCGGACCUAAAUAUACUAGGGCACGUGAAAUCACACAACUAUCAUGUUUUCAGUGAAGAUAGGAUGCGGUUCAAAGUGCUUUUGUCAAGAUAACUUUGAUCAUGACUAUCAGUACUAUAUGACCACUGGUAUCUGUGCUAAUUUACUUUUAGCACACUUUAGCAACUAUACGGUGUAUUAUAUUAUGGCGUCCUGACAAAACCUUGAUCAUCUCUCAGGUGUUCCAUCAUGGUGUUGUAGUAGCAAACUCUCAGUUAACCCAGAACUAAAAUCUCGUGUAAUUUGGUCAGAUGCUCAAUUUAUGUUUACCUAGUUUGUCCAUGAGAGAUUAGCUAGUAGUAUAUCUGUGGAAGUAGUACAUUAGUAGGUAGUAUUUAGAAACCAUAUGGUGUAUUGUAAUACAGACUCAUGAUUAAACAUUCUUCCUCUCUUCAGGUUCUCCAUCAUGGUGAAUAAUGCUGCCAACCGUCAGACAUUCAUCCAGUCGUCCAUCAGCUUCCUGAGAACUCACGGCUUUGACGGUCUGGAUCUGGACUGGGAGUACCCCGGGUCCAGAGGGAGCCCCCCAGAGGACAAGAAGAGGUUCACUCUGCUCUGCCAAGUGGGUGUGGCUCCUCCACUACAGUUAUUACUCAAUGGUAGUAAUGUAGAUAAAUAAUGGCUUGGAUGUAUAUAGUGCUUUUCCAGGCAUUCAAAGAGCUUUACCAAAGAAAAGAAACUCUUCUUAUUCACUAGCAUACUGGAGGCAUACUAUUCAGAUAUUUUGCCCAGCUCCUAUGGUUCCCCAUAAUACGUCUUUACUGUGUAUCUCCAACCCUCUCUGACCCAUGAUGUUUUGUGUGUGUGUUAUACAGGAGCUCGUGGCAGCCUACGCAGCUGAGGCCAAGUCCACUGGCAAUGCCCAGCUCAUGCUGACCGCUGCCGUGCCCGCUGGGAAGGGAACCAUCGAUGCUGGAUAUGAGAUUGCUGAGGUCGCCAAGUGAGUCUGACGGCUUUUUUGAAUAUGAAUGUUUCCUGCAGAGGUCAAUCAGUUUAAAUAGCUAUGGAGCUUUAGAAACAGUUUUUAGGUGACAUUUCUGUUCUCAGUGGUUAUAGUUUGUGUGUCUGUUUGUGUGUACGUCUCCAGGACUCUGGACUUCAUCAAUGUGAUGACUUACGACUUCCACGGAACUUGGGAGCAAUUCACUGGACACAACAGCCCCCUGUACCGCGGUGCUCAUGACGAGGGAGAUCUUAUCUACUUCAACACUGUAAGGAAAAAUAACACACAGACUGACAGAAUCUUUAUCAGUAUGUAUAAUGAUAUUAUUGUAAACCCAUAGUAUGCAAGUAGUAUGUUUAAAACCCUUGUCAUUCCAUCUUUAUAAAAGAAAAUAGGUUUAAAACAUCAAACAGAUUUGCUGAUGUUAUUUGCUUAUCAUGGUGUGGUAUAAUCAUGACAUUUGCUACACAUUUUCACCAUGAUAGAAAAAGCAUGGUGCCACUUUACUUUCGGGUGCUGUUCUACAACAAUAAAUGCCCUAGCACUGCUGAAGUACUUGCUACAUUUCUCACUUCUCUCUCCAUCCAUCCCUCCAUCCCUCUACCUCCCCUCUUUCUCUCUCAGGACUACGCCAUGAAGUACUGGAGAGACAAUGGCACCCCAGUGGAGAAGCUGAACAUGGGCUUCGCCACCUAUGGUCGUACCUUCCGUCUGACAUCAUCUGACACCAGCGUUGGAGCACCAGCCAGUGGCCCUGCCUCCGCAGGGCCCUACACCCGCGAGGCCGGCUUCUGGGCCUACUAUGAGGUGAGAGCUGGGGGCCAAAACAUUCAUUCACGCAAGACCAAAAUGUUAAGCAAAGUUAGAUAUCAGUUUUUCAUUGUUAUUCCAAAUAUGCUGUACAACGGAGACCUUUGCAUGAGUUUUUCACUAAACAAACUCCCUUUUAUGUGUUUGUUAAGAUCUGCACCUUCAUAAAUGGCGCAACAGUUGAGAUGAUUGCAGACCAGAUGGUUCCCUAUGCCUACAAGGGCAAUGAGUGGGUUGGAUUCGACUCCAGGCAGAGCUAUGAGACCAAGGUCAUUUCACCUAAUCAGUUAACAUAAUAUAGUAAUUUAGAUAUGAAAAUAUUUUUGCCCAUAGUCAUUAAAGUGGUCAACAAAAAGUCUGGUACGAUACUUAAGGUUUAAUAAAACUUCUGUGACAUAUCCUCUAAAUAUAUGCACCCUCUGUCUCUAUGUCUCUGUCUAUCUACCGCUGUCUCCUCAUUCGAUCCCACAGGUCCGCUACAUGAAGGACAACAAAUUUGGCGGUGCCUUCGUGUGGGCCCUGGAUCUUGAUGACUUCGCCAACCAGUUCUGCGCUGAGGGCAACCACCCUCUGAUGGGACACCUGCGCAACCUUCUUGACAUCAGUAAGUCUGAAGUUUUAGUGAAGGAGCAAACCUGAUAUUCAAAAACUGAAGUGUAAUCUGAAAUGGACCACCUACUAGACCAGAUUAUCCCACUGUGUGAUGGGCCACUAUGAUAAAUCCAGUCAGAUUAAAUAAUGUUACGAAAUGUCAUCACUGUUUCAUCACCUCAGCUCUGUCUUUCAUAGUAAAACCCGCUCUCCUUUUAUUUUUCCUCCCAUCCAGAACUACCCCCUCUGCCCCCUACCACCACCCCCAAACCUGGCUCAGUCACCACCACACGCCCCACCACCACCACCGUCACCACCCACGCCCCUGGGACAGGUUUCUGCAACGGCAAGCCUGAUGGCAUCUACGCCAACCCAGACGACAUCACCACCUUCUACAUGUGCGCCCAUGGCAACACCCACCUCAACACCUGUGGCAACGGUUCCGUCUUCGACCCCAGCUCCAAGGUCUGCGUGUGGCCUUAAGCGUGUUGUGCGGGAGUGAGGGAGUGAAAUAGCAUCGCUAAUGCCAGCAUUGUAUUUACCAACUUUAAAGGCGCAGUGCAGUCAAACAUUUAAUUUCCUGUUGUUUUUUAAAAUUAUAUUUCUACA